CUCUCUCGCCCCCUCUCCCCCCAUUGCCUCCAGCCCCAAGCCGCCCAUAUCUCUCCGCGCCCCUCUGCAGCCCUCGUCGCGCCCCGGGGCCUGCCCAUCCAUCAUUCUUCCCGCUUCGCAAUGGCCGGCCGAUUCGUGCGCGCCUCCAAGUAUCGCCAUGUCUUUGGCAAGGGCACCAAGAAGGAACAAUGCUACGAUAACCUGCGCAUCAGCAAGAAUGCCUGGGACACCAACCUGAUCAAGGCCAACCCCGAAUACGUUGCCGUCAACUGGGAGGCCAGCGGAGGCGGUGCCUUUGCCGUCAUCCCCAUCAACGAGCGCGGCCGCGCCCCCGACGUGCUGCCUCUGUUCCGCGGACACACGGCCGCCGUCCUCGACACCGACUGGUCGCCCUUCAACGACUCGCUCAUCUCGUCGGCCUCGGACGACGGCAAGGUCUUCCUCUGGAAGGUCCCCAAGGACUUCACCCUGCACACCGACGCCGAAGAGCCCCCGGAUGUGUCUCCCGUCGCCAGGCUGAGCGGCCACCAGAGAAAAGUCGGCCACGUCCUCUUCAACCCCGCCGCCGAGAACGUCCUUGCCAGCGCCUCGGGCGACUACACGCUCAAGAUCUGGGACGUCGAGGCUGCCACGCCCCGCCUCACCCUCAAGGCCAACGACAUUGUCCAGUCGCUGUCGUGGAGCGCCGACGGAGCGCUGCUCGUCACCACGAGCAGAGACAAGAAGCUGCGCGUGUGGGACGUGCGUCAGGAACGGCCCGCCCAAGAGGUGCCCGGCCAUCCUGGUGCCAAGAACAGCCGUGCGGUAUGGAUGGGCGAGGCCAACCGCAUUGCCACGACGGGCUUCUCCAAGAUGAGCGACCGCCAGCUUGGUCUCUGGGACCCCCGCAACCCCAACGAGCCCAUUGGCGGCUUCCAGAUUCUCGACUCCAUCUCCGGUGUCUGCAUGCCCUUCUGGGACGACGGCACCAACUGCCUGUUCCUUGCUGGCAAGGGUGACGGCAACAUCCGAUACUACGAAUACGAAAACGACAAGUUUGAAUACCUCUCCGAGUACAAGUCUGGCGAGCCCCAGCGCGGCAUUGCUUUCCUUCCCAAGCGGGGUAUCAACCUGCACGAGAACGAAGUCCUCCGCUGCUUCAAGACGGUCAACGAUGCCUACAUCGAGCCCGUCUCCUUCAUCGUGCCCCGCCGAUCCGAGAUGUUCCAGAGCGACAUCUACCCGCCCACCACUGGCCUCAAGCCCGGUGUCUCGGCUGGCGAAUGGUUCGGCGGCAAGACUGCCCUGCCACCCAAGAUCUCGCUCGAGAGCGUCUACGAUGGCGGCGCGCCUCAGGAGGUGCAGAGCGACUACAAGCCUUCCAAGCCGGCAGUCAGCGAGUCUGCGCCGGUCAAGACAGAAGCGCCCAGGCCUGCGCCCGAGCCGACACAUGCGCCCCUAGCUUCCCGUGGGCCGCCAUCAUCCAUGAACGACAACAAGGACUCCAUGGCCUCUGCCGCUUCCAAGUACCUGGACAAGGACAACGCCUCUGACGACGAGAGUGCAUCCAGCUUUGAGGAGAUUCCCAAGCCCGCAGAUCGCCGUAACGUGACGAGUGCGCGUCAGGAAGAGAAGACUAGGGGUCCUGUCAUGACCAAGGAACCCGAGCCUGCCAAGUCAUUUUCCAGCCAUACCCCUGCGCCUUCUCAAUCCAAGACCUCCACAUCAGCCGAUUCCACUCCCGUCUCUACCCCUGCUCCCGCUUCCAGCGCUGGUGGCCCUGCCUCUGCUCUCCGCGACGCAUUAGGCGACAUCAAGUCUCAGCUCGAGCAGCAAAACAAGGUCAUGCUGGAUCAGUCGGACCAGAUUGCCAUUCUGCUGCGAGAAGUCACCCAACUCAAGUCCAAGGUGGGAGGAGGCUCAGAACCCUCUGACCGUGAAAAGGAUGAGCGCAUCCGACAGCUUGAGCUCGAGCUUGAGGAGGCCAGGUCUUAAUUUUGACAUGCUGAUCGUCAUGCUCGAUGCAGGCGCAUCUUUAAAGCUGUCAGAUGUGAAGAAGCUGUUUGGAUAGGCUGCUCGGGAGCACCAGUAUCUGUCUGAGGCUGCCUUGAUGGGAAAAGUAGAAGUUUGUAUGAUGAUGGCGAGGCUGUUUUGUAUGCGUACUGUUUGUUUGUCCGCGAAGCCUGCUUUUGCUAGCGAGGUGUCUGGGUUAGCAUUGUUUGGUAUAUAAAUCAUUACUUUCAAUCAUUCAGUCUGGUGCUGUGAAGCGUGAAUCAGUUGAAA